CAUCGUUCUUAGAUCCAAUCUUUAAUCUUGAAUUCUCUUCAAUUCCAUUCUAAAUGGCCACUGAAGAGCCCACUGUCGCCAUGGAAUCCGCUCCCGAGCCGGCUUCCGAACCGGCCGACGAGAAACCGGCCAGCAAAUCCUCCAAAGCCAAGGCUGCUAAAGAAGCCAAAGCUAAGAAACCAGCUGCUGCUAGGAAGCCUAGAGGCCCUCCCUCUCAUCCUCCUUAUGAAGAGAUGAUCAAGGACGCGAUUGUGACUUUGAAAGAGAAGACUGGUUCCAGUCAGUAUGCGAUUACUAAGUUUAUUGAAGAGAAGCAGAAACAUCUGCCGUCGAACUUUAAGAAGCUUUUGCUUUUUCAUUUGAAGAAGCUUGUGGCUUCUGGAAAGCUCGUGAAGGUAAAAGGCUCGUUUAAGCUUCCGCCAGCUAGGGCCGCCGCUCCCAAGCCGGCUCCGGCGGCUGCUCCGGCGAAGAAGAAGAAGCCGGCUCCUGCUGCCAAAACCAAGGCUAAAACUCCUGCUGCUAAGCCUAAGGAAACCAAGACUACUAAGGCAGCGGCUAAAGCUCCUGCUAAGGCUAAGCCUGCUGCUAAGCCGAAAGCAAAGCCGGCUGCCAAGACCAAGGCGGUGACUGCCAAGCCAAAGGCUGCUCCCGCUAAAGCUAAGCCUGCUGCCAAGCCGAAAGCUGCGGCAGCGGCUAAGCCGAAGGCUGCUCCAAAGCCAAAGGUUGCAGCGAAGCCUGCUAAGGCUUCGAGAACCUCGACUAGGACUUCUCCAGGAAAGAGGUUGGCUGCGGCUCCCAAGCCGGCUCCGAAGAAAGCUCCGACUCCGAAGAAGGCGCCGGCAAAGAGCGUGAAGCCGAAGAGCGUAAAGUCACCGGCGAAGACGAAGGCGAAAGCAACGAAGACUUCUGCAAGGAAGGGGAGGAAGUGAGGAGAGAGAAAAGGGUAGUGUUUGUAGGGGUAGUUUUGUAAAUUCGUGUUGCGUUAUGGGUCCAUGUAAUACCCAUAAAAAAUAUGACAUCGGACUUUUAUUUCUUUUGUUCUUCUGAUUUAUAUUUUUAUUUUGUUUAGGAUUUAUAACAGUUUUUAGUUGUAAUGUUCAGUUGAAUGAUUAUGAGAUCAGCUAGAGUUUAUGUAAUGGCUUUACUUAAUACAUUUUUAUUUCUCUCUU